AUGCAGAAAUACCAGUUAGAUUCUGAUAUUUCUUGUGGCCAUGGUCGUCGCAAAAUUGGCUACUACUUCGCACACUUAAAGUGGGAGCAAAUGGUUGCUGGCGUCGCCGGUGGUGCUGUUACCACUGCGGUGCUUCACCCCUUAGAUCUGGCCAAAACUCGGCUGCAAGUGAAUGAAGGUAAUGCGGUUGUCAAGGCGCGACCUCGAAGUUCUCGAUUUAGUGGAACCCUUCUUGAGAUCUACAGAGCAAGGGGCUUUUUCGGUUUCUAUCAAGGUGUAACGCCAAAUCUUUUGGGAAACGCGGUAUCUUGGGGACUUUACUUUUUCCUUUAUGGUGCCCUUAAGAAUUACGCUCAAGGAGGCGACCCAUCUAAGAAGCUGAGUAUAGCUUGUUAUUUCGGUUAUUCCAGCAUGUCAGGUAUAGCGAUUUUGUGGAUGACAAACCCAAUAUGGGUUGCUAAAACGCGUAUGUGCUUGCAAUAUGAGACGCUGGAUGCACCUGGUCGUCUCACAACUUGGGGCACCUUGAGAUCCAUUUGGCUGACGGAAGGACUUCGAGGUCUCUACCGUGGCAUGGUCCCUGGCAUGGUUGGUGUGUCCAAUGGAGCUCUACAAUUCCUGUUCUAUGAGGAGUUUCGCAAUUUCUACAAUUCGUUUCACGGGCGCCCCAUCGAUACUCAUUUAAAUGUUCCCGAGUACCUACUUAUGGGGACAUUGUCAAAGACACUUGCUGUUGCUGCUACAUAUCCUUACCAAGUUGUGCGAACUCGUCUACAAGAACAACAUAGGAAUUACGGAACCAUGACGAAUUUAGUGAAAACUAUUUUCAGGUAUGAGGGUGUUUUCGGAUUUUACAAGGGCCUUUUACCGAAUAUUUUACGAACGGCACCUGCGUGUGGCUUGACGUUCGUUGUCUACGAAAACUGCUACAAAUGUCUGAAGGCGUUGUGA